GCCCCCUCUUAUACCCCAUAAGGAAAAGCCCCCCACGUGGCACAACACCUAGACUAACUAGCUAGCUCAAGUGUUCUCCCCUUUAGCAGCUUGAGAUGGCCAACAGUGGAGCAGAACCUUCUGGAAAGAAGCAAAAAGCCAAACAAGAUUUCAUUGUGAUCCCUGAUGAUUACCGAGGCUAUGAUCUGAGUCAUUUUGCCGUCCCUGGCCAUUAUGUGAAUGACCUGGAGCACGUCAUGAUCCCUCACGGCUUCAUCCUAGACAGAACUAAGCGACUAGCUCUGGACAUUUGCCGAGACCUGCAGGCCCCUAUAGUGGCCUUGUGUGUGUUGAAGGGUGGAUACCAGUUCUUUACUGACCUACUUGGCUUCAUUAAAGGCUACAAUGCUUCGUCUGGGAGGUCGUUUCAAAUGCACGUGGACUUUAUACGACUCAAGAGUUAUGUAGAUGACAAGUCCAGUGGUGAGAUCAAAGUGAUAGGAGGAGACAGUCUGGAGAACCUGAGGGGAAGAAAUGUACUCAUUGUGGAAGACAUUAUUGACACUGGGGGUACCAUGAUGAAGUUACUGGAUCUGCUCAAACAGUACGAGCCGGCCAACGUGAAGGUUGCCAGUUUAUUUGUCAAGAGAACACCCAAGAGUGUCGGCUAUAGACCAGACUACACUGGGUUUGAGAUUCCUGACCAGUUUGUGGUGGGCUAUGCUCUCGACUACAACGAGUUCUUCAGAGAUCUCAACCAUGUGUGUGUCAUUAACGAAACUGGCAAGAAGAAGUAUGCAGCGUGACAUCACUCGUAUUAUGACAACUAUAUUUUAGCUUUAUAAUUAUGACAACUAAUAAACAUUUUAUGUACUUCAUAGUAAUAAUGCCGCCCAAUACAUUGUGUAUGUAAUACUGAUUGUUAUUGUAGUGUGUACUUUGUUGACAAGAGUGGUCUAUAAUAAUUAUAGUUUAAUGGA